UCGAGCAUUGCAAGUGGCUAUAAAGUUCUUUUUAAAAAUCUAUCUCUGUUUGAAUUGCUUCGCCAUACUAGAUGUUGGCUUUGGUAUCAUUGAAAUCGCUUAAAAACAGGGCAGAUGACGCCCACCCAGCAUAGCUUGAGCCGUAAGGCAGUCGUGUACGUCGUCCCCGGUGAGUGGCCGACUUAUUUCACGCCUCGAAAGGGAUCAUUUAUAAAAACAAAAAGGAAACGAAGACGCAUACACCCGCGAUCGCUGGCCACGCGACCAUUUCAAACAGAGAUCCAGACGACUCAUCAAAACCCGUGCCUCCAGGACCAUCUAUCAUUCAUGUCUUGGAGUGCUUUGCUUUCGAAUCAUCCACAAAUAUACUCUGUUGGCUCUCAUUCCUAUCCGUGGAACGAGCGACGCCAAUCUCGUGAUCUGAAUGUUCGUUGUCGUGGUCAGGAAAGCCCGGCUGGCUCGACGAGGUACCGCGGCGGGACGGACCCGUUGCGGUGCUGGUGCCCCCAUAUUUGCUAUUUUUCGCGGCGCGGGUGGACUGCAGAUAGACGUCGUCUGGCUGGAUGUGCCUGGAACUGCGGCCGCCUGUGCUGCCAAAGAAACGCCGGAAUAAAGGUCUAUAGGCGAUCAGAGAACCCGUAACGAGGGCCAGGGCGAGUUCAAUGACAGUCCAUAAAACGAUUGGACCAAGGCCGACUGGUGCGGACGUUAGCGACCGAGAAUGAAUUCUGGAAACGACCUUUCUCUUACACAAAUAGUCCGACACGUUGGUG